ACCAUUGCACUGAAUAUAAGCUCACAAGACAGUGCGCUUCAGUUGAAGUAAAUUUGUUGGCAAUCGGUGAUCAAAGAGAGUGCAGAAACAAGUUCGACAUUUGAGAGGAGUGUUUUUAUUUUGGCGACAAGAACAACGCAUUGUGAUUGAGAAAAAAGAUGAAGCAGCAAACAGUUUGUAUUUUGUUGGCAAUGAUCUUAGUUUCCGCGACGUAUGCGGAUGCCCUGGUGUUUGUUUAUGCAAAGACCUGCUCCUCCUGCAAGGCUUACGGAGCCAAGUCCUGCGGUUAUGGCUACAUCCACUCCAAGGGUUAUGUUUCCUGUGACGGAGUAACUGCAAUAAGAAGCUGUUCCGACUGUCAGAGACGUUUGGGAAGAUGUCGUUCCAGUGCCAUUACCGAAUGCUACAUCGGCUGAGAUAUGGUGCCGGAGGUGACGGUGCUAGCUAGAAGCAAUUAUCCACAGGAAUAGAUUCAUACCUAUUGAUUGGUGGUCACAAAAUGUGUAGUGUUCAUGAGACUCGUUGAAGCAUAAAUCCGAUUGCCUGCAGGCAGCAAUAGAAGUGGUUUAUUUAUUGAGCUAGGAAAUAGUUCUGAGAAAUCCUAUCAUCUUGUCAUUUAUUGGGAAUGUUAAUUGAUGAAAAGUGGUAGUUAUAGUCCCUAUUUUAAUAGUCAGGUGGAGAUAAAAACCAAAAAAAAAAAAUGGUGACGUAAGUUUUCAAACCAAAAACAAAAUGCACCCUGCUUAUAGAGAUAGCAGAUAUACAGAAAUUAUGGCUGAAUUAAAAUAAUAAGACUGCAAAAUUCAGCACUGCUUAAUUGGUUCUGCACUUUGCCAGCUAAAAUUGGUUCCCGAAAUACUAACCGCCAGACUAUAAAUAAAGCGACUACAGGAACUUGUUCGGGCGGCAAAUAUUUUGUUUUAUCUUGACUCUAAAUACAAAUACUUCUAUACGUUUUCAUGGCAUUGAAAAAACUAAAUUAUAGAAUCAAAUUAAACCUUCCUGGAAAUGUAUACCUUAAUUAUUAUCACAGAGUCGAAUUUAAGCAUUUUUCAUACAGAGGCAGCAAAAAAUAACACCACCGUUUCCUCAGUUCCGAAAAUGUAGGUCUUCAUAAAAAUUUCCUGGGAUUUUUUUCACCAAUUCCAUUCAUUUUUCCGUUCACUCGCUAUCUUGAAUAAAGUCGAACCUGUA